ACUCAAUGUCUAUCUGUCAAAUUUGUGAAAAGCAAGAAGCUAAAUACAAGUGUCCUAAGUGUCGAGCACCAUAUUGUUCUUUAGUAUGUUUCAAGACACAUAAAGAAAUUCCAUGUAAAGCACCUUCAACAAACACAACAGAACCCAUUACCCGAAAAGAAAUUACGCCCAUUGGACCACCUGACGAAGAGGACCCAAGUCGGCUCACACCGGAAGAUCUUAUCAAGCUUUCUUACUCAAGAGACAUUCAUACCUUUCUACAGGAUUCACAACUCCAAGAAACGAUUCGCUUGUUAGAUGCGUCCAAAACACCAGAAAAAGAUUUGGACCUUGUUAGAGCAGAAUAUCCCAAGUUUGAUGAGUUUGCAAAGAUGCUUGUUGACAUCACAUUUAAAGAAAAACUUGAGGCUAUGGCUAAAAAACAAUGAUUCAUUUUCACACGCAUAUAUAUAUAUAAAUAAAAUUAAGCUGCAUGAAAACAAAAAGAUAUAAAAAGUCAUUUGCUUCUAUUUCUUUUCGUUCUUUCAUAUAUGG